ACUCUCCCGCAGGACACAGAAAAAACCCCGAAACACAAACCUUUUUAUUUUUAGAAAUACGUAGUAAAAACUAGAGUGUUGCAACAUGUAUGUAAAAAUAACAUUCGGUCAGAGCAACCUCUGUCGCAUCAUAACCCAUCAUGAAAAGAAUAUGGCACGACACAAGCAUGGAUAAGCAAGGUACGACACACUAAUGGGCAUGCUGAGCCAUGGGCCCAUGCUUUUUUUGUGGCCGGAGAAUGGGAGAAGCAUAAGAUAAGACAUGACCCAAUAAUUUCAAUAAUUAAAGUUAAGUUGGCUUAGACAUGUAAGUCUAACAUGACACAACACCAAGGCAGGUGGACAAGGGUCGCGCUUGAGCCGCGCUUUUGUAAUAUUUGGAGUGACAUGACAUGACACAUCACAUCAAAAAUGCUCAUUGUUGAUCGUCAAGGCAUGUAAGCGCGCAUAUGUGUCACGGCCUACUAUGGUCAAAAACUAUAAUUACAUACCUGAUUUAUCUUUUCCGUUAUUUUGUACCUCUGCCUAAAUCACAUAGGUUACUUAGGCUAAAUUAUUAUGUAUUCGACAUUACAAUUAAAAAAAAAAAAAAAAAAAAAAAAAAAAAAAAAAAAAAAAAAAAAAAAAAAAAAACGAGAAAGUAUAAUUGUAUCAUUCAUUCUAAUCCUACUUGAAAGAAAGGACCAUUUAAAAGAACAAUCCCAAACAUCCCAAUAGGCAACCAUGAACAUUGUAAAGCCAUAAACACAACACACAAAUGGCAAUACCCCCAUCUCAUAUCCCAACCAUUAUAUCCUUCACAGAGAAAGCAAAAACACUCACUCAGCUUCAACAAGCUCAUGCUCAACUCCUCAAAACUGGCCUCAUCAACGACCCUUACCCGGCUAGCCGCCUUAUCGCUUUCGCCUACGCUAGCCCAACCCAUCAAACCAUAACAUAUGCACACUCCAUAUUCUCCGACCUCAACAAUCCCAACUCAUUUACAUGGAACUCCAUGAUCAGAGCUUAUGCCAAUAGCUCAACCCCACAAAAUGCACUUACUAUUUUCUCCCAAAUGUUAGGUAGUUCAACUGACCCUGAUAAAUAUACUUACCCUUUUGUUAUUAAGGCAUGUUCAGCCUUUAGUGGGUUGAAUGAGGGUCAACAGAUUCAUGGUCAUGUUGAAAAAUGUGAGGAAAUGAGAAAGAAUUUGUAUGUUCAGAAUACUUUGAUUAGCAUGUAUGCGAUUUGUGGGUGUUUUGAAGAUGCACGUAAACUGCUCGAUAAAAUGCCGCAAAGAGAUGUUAUUUCGUGGAACGCGUUGUUAAGUGCGUAUGUUGAGAGAGGUAUGAUGGAUUCUGCUUGUCUUGUUUUUGAUGAGAUGGAGGAGAGGAAUGUGGAGUCUUGGAAUUUUAUGGUGUCAGGGUUCACGAAGAUGGGAUUCGUUGAGGAAGCGAGGAGGGUGUUUGAUGAGAUUCCUGUUAAGGAUGUUGUUUCUUGGAAUGCUGUUAUUUCAGGGUAUGCUGAUGUGGGUGAUUUCAGUGAAGUGUUGGUCCUGUUUCAGGCUAUGUUACGCGAGAAAAUCAGGCCGGAUAGUUACACUCUUGUGAAUGUUUUAUCUGCUUGCGCGAAUCUUGGAGCUUUGAGUCAGGGGGAAUGGAUUUAUUUGUACAUUGAUAAGAAUGGAAUUAGUAUCGAAGGUUUUCUAGCUACUGCACUUGUGGAUAUGUACUCAAAGUGUGGGGAGAUUGCAAAGGCUUUGAAAGUUUUUGGUGAUACGUUGAGGAAAGAUGUGAGUACAUGGAAUUCGAUGAUUGGAGGUUUAAGCAUCAAUGGAUUUGGCCAGGAGGCAGUAGGGAUUUUCCGUAAGAUGCUAGAGGAUGAAUGUAAGCCAAAUGAGAUUACCUUUGUAAAUGUGUUAUCUGCUUGCAGUCAUGCGGGUUUAUUGAUUGCCGGUCUUGAAAUUUUUAACAUGAUGAUGCAUGACUUUGGAAUUGAACCAACGAUUGAGCACUGUGGUUGCGUGAUUGAUCUACUUGGUCGAGUUGGAUUACUAGAAGAGGCGAAGGAAAUCCUGAAAGGGAAGACUCUUGGAAAUGAUUCCCCCGUUUUAUGGCAGUCUCUUUUGUCUUCCUGUAUAAAUUAUGGUAAUCUGGAACUAGCACGGGAUGUUGCUGAGAAGCUCUUGAAGCUGGAUCCCCAAGACAAUGCUGGUUAUGUGCAACUGUCGAAUGUCUAUGCAUCCGAAGGAAAAUGGGAAAGUGUUGUAAAGGUGAGAAGGAAUAUGAAGUCCAAAGGAGUAAGAAAGGAGGCUGGCUGUAGCAUGAUUGAAAUCGAUGGGGUUGUUCAUGAGUUUUUAGCAGGUGAAGGUUUUGUUUCCUAAACAGACUUGAUAUCUUGUUCUGCUGUUGCAGGUAAAUUAGUAGGUGGUGUGUCAAUGCAAAUAUGCAAUGCCUUCUAUCAUACUAAUGCUGCUACUUAUCUGAUAGAUUGACUAAUAGAAACAAUUGACAAACCACCCGGAAAAUGUCAUUGUUAGUAAUCUAAUAACUACUAGCUAUACAAUGGGCCACCAUUUCUUCUGUAGAA